GCCAGCAGGGCGCUGGGAGGAGGAGGGAGGAGUGUCCUCAGUGCAAGGCCUUUCCAGGAUGCUGGGAGUGUCCCUGGCAGAGCGCUCUGUUGGAGUCAGGGAUGAGCACCACCCUCAUGGACUCAAAGAAUGAAGGGCACCCUGGAAGCUCCUCGAUGAAGGAUAUCGUCCCCCUGGGGCCUGAGGAAUCUGCCAUGGAGGUGGUCUUGAGGAAGAUCCGGGAGCUCUCUGAUUCGGACCACCGAGACGACCCCUUCAUGGUAGCCGACCUGGGAGUGUUGGCCAGCCGCCACCAGGCCUUCUGCCAGGCCCUGCCAAGGGUCUCGCCCUUCUAUGCCAUGAAGUGUAACAGCAGCCCCUUGGUGCUGCGUGUCCUGGCCGCCCUGGGCACCGGCUUCGACUGUGCCAGCCAGGGGGAGCUGCAGCAGGUGCUGGGCCUGGGCGUGGCCCCCUCACGCAUCAUCUAUGCCCACCCCUGCAAGCCGGUCUCCCACCUGCAGUAUGCUGCCCGCCAUGGGGUGCAGCUCCUGACCUUCGACAGUGAGGAGGAGCUGACCAAGGUGGCCCAGCACCACCCUGGGGCCAGGCUGGUCCUGCGACUGUGGACCGACGACAGCCAGAGCCUCAUCCUCAUGAGCUCCAAGUUUGGGGCCAGCCUGGAGCUGUGUGGACACUUACUCAAGUCCGCUCGAGACCUCGGCCUGGCUGUGGUGGGCGCCAGCUUCCACGUGGGCUCGGGCUGCCAGAAUCCCCACAGCUUCGCACGGGCCAUCGCCGACUGCCGGCGGGUGUUCGAGAUGGGCCGUGGGGUCGGGCAUGAGAUGAGCCUCCUGGACAUUGGAGGGGGCUUCCCCGGAGUGGAGGGCUCUGAGCCGGAGUUUGAGGAGAUGGCGAGAGUGAUCAAUGCUGCCCUGGCCCAGGACUUCCCCGAGGGGACCGGCAUUGAAGUCAUUGCUGAGCCAGGCCGCUACUACGCGGCACCUGUCUGCGUGGCCGCUGUCAACAUCAUCGCCAAGAAGGCUGUGCUGCAGCCAGGAGGCCACCGGAAACUGUUGUACUAUCUCAAUGAGGGCCACUAUGGCAGCUUUCGUGCCUUCCUCAGGGAUCGUGUCCCCAGGAUGCCAAUUGUGGUGAAGGAGCUCUGCUCAAAGCCACCCCUCUUCCCCUGCAUCCUUUAUGGCCCCACGUGCAGUGCCUUCGACACGUUCUACAAUGAGGAGGUGCAGUUGCCUGAGCUGGACGUGGGUGACUGGCUCAUCUUCCCCUCCAUGGGCGCCUACAGUUUAGUCCUGAGCUGCAACUUCAAUGGCUUCCCGCCUGCGUCCAUCUGCUACACGAUGGGACCUGAGCUCAGGAGCCUGCUGGAGACAGCGCCUUAAGCUGGGACAUGACAGCUUGGAGUGGCUCCAGACACCUCGCUUCUGCAAAUGUUUCUCCCCAUCCAUCAAUCUUGCUGUUCUCUCCAUUCAGCCACGACCAGAGGAAUCUUUUUUAGCAUCUGUGGGCUGAAGAGAUUUCUCCCCAGAUAUCUGAGGAGAAGAGAUGGGCUGCAGAUGC